AUAGAAAAUUCUAUUCAGUCUGUGUUUAUUUGCCAAUCGGUUAACUAAUUCGUGAUUAAAAAUGUGGCUCAAAGUAAUUCUUUGUUUUUUCUUUGCCAUAUCCACUGUAAAUAAAGUUUAUGCGAAUUUCGAGGAGUACAGUAUCUUUGAAGACGAUGAUAUUUAUGGAAAACCUGUAACUGUUACGAAUAUCACGGGGAAUACAGAAACUAUGAUAUUUCCCGGCACCAAAUGGUGCGGUCCAGGUGAUAUUGCGAAAAAUUACAAUGACUUGGGAACCUAUCGGGAGACAGACAAGUGUUGCAGGGAACACGAUAACUGUGGAGACUUGAUUUUGCCACGAAAAUCAAAGCAUGGUCUUGAAAAUCCAGAUAGUUUUACGAGGCUAUGUUGCGACUGCGAACAGAAGUUUAUUAAUUGUUUGAAGAAAGCGAACGAUAUGAUUUCAUGGACGAUUGGUAAAUUAUAUUUCAAUGCCAGGAAUACAUGUUACAGGCAGGACCACCCAGUUAUUGAGUGUACAGAAUUUCAACGCGGUUUCGUUACACGUCGUAAACGGUGCAUCAAGUAUAAAAUGCAGAAGGAUAAGCCUAAGAAAUGGCAAUGGUUUGACAUUCCAUUUUUCACUGAAUAAUGUCUCCAUGUUUAAUAAAAUUCAAUGAAGGAAAUUUCAGAUUGUUCU